AUGGGUAAAUGUGUGUUGAAUUUCACAACAUACCCAUACGUGGCAUUUGGUGAGUGCGGCGGUGUGAACGAGGACAUAAACAACUGGGGUGGGGGUGGGGAAGGGUUUCCGACCACUAUAUGCUGCCGCAAUGCUCUCACUGUUUUGUCUGAUGCUUUGGCCAUGCAAACCUCAAACUCAACAACAGGACAACUCUUUACUUCCCAAGAUCAAUGGCAGAAUUGUAGCCAGUUAUUUAAUCCACAACAAGGGAUGUCACUUCAUUCAUGUGGUUUUGAUAGUUUUUACCUUGGCAGCUCCCAAUGUUCUAGCUUAUCUCUACAGGAGGCUCAGAGCAUACAACAGUACCAAGAUGCCUUGGACCAAUGCUCCCAUUUUGACCAUCCAUUUGACCAGUCUUGUGCAGAUUGUACCAAUGCUAUAUUGAACGUUAGAGAUAGUUUAUAUGCUCCAAUAUUAGAGAACGGCCCCAAUAAUACUGAAAGAGCCAUAUGUGGGGUAGCAGCUGUUGUUGCUGUUGCAGUUGGGAAUCCCGGUGACCCAUCCCUCAGUGAUAAAUUCUUUCGGUGCUUGCCAUCUUCUUCAGGAGUAAACAAGCCUGGAUCUUGGUCAAAACUCCUGUUUAGUGGGGCAUUAGCUGCCCUUGCAAUAUUGCUUAUCGUUAUUCUGGUAAGAUAUGUGUCCAAGAAGAAAACUCGUAAGCCAGCUCGCUUGAAAGAGAUCACUACGUGGUCUGGACUAUACUGGUUCUCCAAAGCUGAAAUUGAGAAUGCCAUGAAUUAUGGUAAUGAAAAGGUAAACCUUGGACGUGGGAGUGCAGGGCAGGUGUACAGAGGUGUUCUGCCCAGUGGUCAAGUUGUGGCCAUCAAGCAUUUGACUAAAGGUAGCACCUCUGAUUCUUUCACUCGAGAAGUUGCAGGUCUUUCCAAGCUUCGUCAUCCAAACCUGGUUUGCUUAUUUGGCUGCUGCGUUGAAAAUGAUGAGAGAUAUUUAGUCUAUGAGUUUUGUGCAAACGGGAAUCUAGCUCAACAUCUCUUGAGAAGAGACAGAUGGUUGACAUGGGAAACGAGAGUCAGAAUUUUGAGAGACUGUUCAUUCGCACUCAAGUAUCUCCACCAUCAUAUAGAGGGAUGUGUUGUCCAUAGAGAUAUAAAGCUUACGAACAUCCUCUUGACUGAGAAAUACCAAGCAAAACUGUCUGAUUUUGGACUGGCAAAGAUGAUGGGGAUGGAAGAGAGCAAGGUUUUUACUGAUGUUAGAGGAACAAUAGGCUACAUGGAUCCAGAAUACAUGAGUAAUGCCAAGCUAACCUGUGCCAGUGAUGUAUACAGUUUUGGUAUUGUUGCUUUGCAAAUCCUGUCAGGACAGAAAGUCAUAGAGUUGGAUCUUGAUGCCAGAGAUCAGCUCACUAGGAAGGCAAGAGAUGUGAGUAUGGGAAAGCGUCCACUGUCGGAUUUUGAAGAUCCAAGGCUAAAUGGAAAACUUGAUAGGGCAGACUUUGAAGCAAUCUUACAUAUUGCAGUCCUGUGUGUUGCCAAAUCAAGCAAAGGUCGUCCAACCAUUGAGGUUGUUUUUGAGGAGUUGGAUAAGGUCUGCAGGGACACGGAAACUAAGAUGAAGGCAAAGCAGGAUGAGUCCUCAUCAACAACAACCAACUCUAGUUCUAAGUCCUCCAAAUUGACUCCUCGUUGA